AUGACUGACGAAGACUACAGCAAUAUCUAUGACACAAUCCAAAAGGAGGCGUAUGAAGUUCCAGAUAAUCCAGGAGAAAAUGAAGGAUCCCUAUAUGAUGACAUCUACGUAGAUGUGAAGCCAGAAAUCAAUGUAUAUGCUACCCAUUUGGAAACCUGUGAGUAUGACGAUGUUGCUGGAGUUGAGAACAGCGGAGACUCUUCCCAAUCAGAAGCAGAGGGCCACCUCCUGCCUGAUGAGGUGCAGGUUGAGGCCCAGAGUCCUCAACUAGGGGAUCUACAGGAGGAUACAGAUAGCUUGAUGGAAAAAUCAGGCCCAUCAGUCCAGGCUCAGGGAUUCCUUUUAGAAGAACCUUUCUCAGAGGAGGCCCGGGAGAACGGAAGUGUGAUGAAAGAAGACCUGCCCUCUCCUUCAAGCUUCACCAUCCAUCAUAGCAAAACCUUCUCUACCAGCGUAGAACCACCCACUGGCUAUUCCAAUGUUAAUGACUGGGAAGAAGUUGAAGCAUCCUCCACACAACCUGAGAUUUACCUCUAUGUGAAGGCCGGCAUUGACGGAGAAAGCAUCGGGAACUGCCCUUUCUCUCAGCGCCUCUUUAUGAUCCUCUGGCUGAAAGGAGUUGUGUUCAAUGUCACCACUGUGGACCUGAAAAGGAAGCCAGCUGACCUGCACAACCUAGCCCCUGGAACCCAUCCACCUUUCCUGACCUUCAACGGUGAUGUGAAGACAGAUGUCAAUAAGAUUGAGGAGUUCUUGGAAGAGACCUUGACCCCAGAAAAGUACCCCAGACUGGCUGCAAAACACCGAGAAUCCAACACAGCAGGCAUUGACAUCUUCUCCAAGUUCUCCGCCUACAUAAAAAAUACAAAGCAGCAAAACAAUGCUGCCCUUGAGAGAGGCCUGACCAAGGCCCUGAAGAAACUGGAUGACUAUCUGAACACCCCUUUGCCAGAGGAGAUAGACGCCAAUACCUGUGAUGAUGAUGAAAAGGGGUCCCGUCGAAAGUUCCUGGAUGGGGAUGAGCUAACACUGGCAGACUGCAAUCUGUUGCCCAAGCUCCACGUGGUCAAGAUCGUGGCCAAGAAAUACCGCAACUACAAUAUUCCCACUGAGAUGACUGGCCUGUGGCGGUACCUCAAAAAUGCCUACGCCCGAGAUGAGUUCACUAACACCUGUGCAGCUGACAGCGAGAUCGAGAUGGCUUAUGCAGAUGUCGCCAAGCGCCUAAGCCGGUCCUGAGCGAGACGUCUCCAUCUUGACCCAUCACUGCUCAGAAAAGAAAAAAAAAAUUCCAAAGAACUCCAGCUUCCUUGCUCCUCUUCCACAUCGCCUUGGG